AUGGUCAGCCUCACCACUUCCGACAACGAGCAAUUCACCGUCGACCGCGAUGUCGCCGAGCGAUCCGUCCUCAUCAAGCAGAUGCUGGAGGACAUUGGAGACACUGACCAGCCCAUCCCGCUCCCCAACGUCUCUUCCAACGUGCUCAAGAAGGUCCUCGAAUACUGCUCUCACCACCGCAGUGACCCCCCUGCUCCCGCCGACGAUGCUGAGGAGUCACGCAGACGCACAACCGACAUCUCGGACUGGGAUGCCAAGUUCAUUCAAGUCGACCAGGAGAUGCUCUUCGAGAUCAUAUUGGCAGCAAACUAUCUCGACAUCAAGCCUCUCCUUGAUGUGGGCUGCAAGACUGUCGCAAACAUGAUCAAGGGCAAGACUCCUGAAGAGAUUCGAAAGCUCUUUAACAUUCAGAACGACUUCUCGCCAGAGGAAGAGGCUCAGAUCCGAAAGGAGAACGAAUGGGCUGAGGACCGUUGA